CGUGACAAGUAGAAUCCUUCCUCGUAAGUCUACUCUGUGGAAGAUUAUCGGAAAAUUGCAUCUCCCUGAAAAAAAAAGUAUUUUCACUUUUCCAGGGGACGUAAAGUGACUGUUAACGAUAUUAUCGUGCUUGUUGACCAGGUGAUGGCCAAAGCCCUAUCAGCGAGUGUACAAAUGGACGAGCUGGAGAGCGGAUUAGGACUGAACAACAAUGAAUCUGCUUCUGACGAAAACAACAACAACAACACAAAUCCCACGCCUUUCUACGAUUAUGAUCCUAACGAGAGCUUUAGCACGUACUUUCUGGAAGACUUAAUCCCCACGAGUAUUGUCUACGGCCUCACACUUAUUGUUGGCUUAACUGGAAACAUUCUUAUCAUGUACACGGUGGUCCGCUUCAGACGCAUGCGCACUAUCAGUAAUAUAUUCCUUGCGAGUUUGGCAUCCGCAGAUUUGCUUUUAAUACUCGUUUGCGUUCCUGUGAAGUAUGUAAAACUGUUCUCCUACUCCUGGACUCUAGGAGAAGUCUGUUGCAAAUUCGUCUACUACAUCCAGAACGUGUCGUCUAUUUGCUCAGUGCUGACACUGACAGCUAUGAGUGUGGAAAGGUACUACGCCAUUAUUCAUCCAGUCAGAUCCCGCUACAUGUGUACCACGAGUCAAGCUCGCCGGAUCAUCAUUACUAUCUGGAUUCUGUCUUUGGUAUUUGCUGUUCCGAUAAUAUUUGUUCAGAUUCAUUUAGAAGUUGGAGUGCGAAUUCAAGCUUACUGGUGCGUUCGUGACUGGCAAAGUCCAAUCUUGUGGCAAAGUUAUGAAGUCUAUAUGCUUAUUCUUAUCCUCGUGGUGCCAUCUGGUGUCAUGUGUUACACUUACACAAGGAUAUGUCACCAACUAUGGGUUGUCGUGAAAGAACGUGCCGAUAUGACAUUAGGGAAUGUGGGCUGUUCCACAGAAAUAUCAAUUCGUACCAAGAACUACCCGAUGUCUUCCAGCACGAUAGUUAAGCCUAGAUCCACUAUCCACAGAAUAGAUGAUGAUAAUGCUCAGGUGAAACAG